AACAGCCUCCCCUGUGACCUUGGAAGGAAGGAUGACUUUGAAAAGCAAGAUGACCCUUCUGGAAUACUCAGAUGAAGCAAGUGUGCAAGGUCGCAUGUCAGGUCUCUCUGUUGGGUCUGAAUUGAGUGAUCUAGAGCAAAAAUUGGCAACUGAACGUACGGAACACAUACCUCAGUUAACAAAGCAGAAGGCUGACCGUCUGUAUUUCUAUGUGGCUCUUGAUGAAAUUCCUGAAGAAUUUAUAUCUGGUGAUAUUGUCUACUUUCUGAGAGACACCAAAGAAACAAUUACUGAACCUAAUGACCUGGCUGAAGCUAAUGAGAUUCUUCCUAAAAUGAUAGAGUUUGGCACACUGACUGGUAACACUCUUUUGAUGUUAAAGAAUGUCUUCGCACAGGUAUUUUUGCCUCUUCUCUCCUAUAAUCAGCAGCAGGCUGAGGAAGCUUUUUUUCAUCCAGAUAGUGAGGAAACAGAUCCUGAAAAAAGGAGUUUACCUGAGGCUGAGGCUGCAAAAAGGAAAGAACAGACUGUGGAAUACUGUAAUAUUAAAAUAAUGAGGAAUGAGUUCCUAAUGAACAUGCAAAAAUUCUUAAGCCAUAUUCAACGAACAAUACAACAAAUUGAAGGAAAGAUUAAACUGGAAAUGCCAGAUGUAAAUCUAGAUGAAGAAGUGACUGUUCUUGCUAAAGCUCCAGAAGUGGUGGAAACCCUUGAAGCUUAUGCAGUUACUUGGCAAAAAUUAUUAUCCACAGCUGUAGGGGAACAACUGAAAAAGGUCCCACAGGGUAAUGGUCCACUUGCAGAAAUUGAUUUCUGGCGGGAAAGAAAUGCUACUUUAAGUGCACUUUCUGAGCAGAUUAAGCUUCCAGAAGUGAAAAAAAUCUUGGAAGUACUACAAGAAGCUGAAUCUGAGCAUUUUGAAAGUUUACAGAAUGUCUUAACUGAUCUCCGCAAACAUCAUGUGGAAGCUCUAGAUAAUGUUAGGUUUCUUUCAACUCUUGAGCGCCAUUUGAAGAAUUUGACACAUGGCACUGGGUUUAAUGUUGUGCUGGAUACAAUUCCUUCACUGAUGAACGCCCUGCGAAUGGUGUGGAUUAUCUCACGGCACUACAACAAGGAUGAGAGGAUGGUACCACUCAUGGAACGGAUUGCGUGGGAAAUUUCAACAAGAGUGUGCAAAGUUGUGGAUUUACGUACCCUGUUUAAAGAGGAUAGAACUGCUGCGAAAAAUAAAGUGACAGAAGCUAAAAGCACACUCGAAGAAUGGAAGAAAUCUUAUUUUAGUGUUCGUGCCCAAAUUGAAGCAUCAGGAAGAGAGCAGCGUUGGGAAUUUGACCGAAAACGUUUAUUUGAAAAAACAGAUUAUAUGGCUUCAAUCUGUCAAGAUCUGUAUGAUACUUUGCAGGUCAUCGAAGAAUUUUAUAAUAUAUUUGGUCCUGAACUUAAAGCUGUCACGGGUGAUCCAAAACGUAUUGAUGAUGUAUUGAGAAGAGUAGAUGGGCUAACUAAUCCUAUGGAGCAACUGACUUUUGACCCUUUUAGCAUCAAAUGUGCACAUCAGUGGAGAUUUGUUAUGGAAGAGUUCAAGGAAGGAGUUUUAGUUGGAAAUGUUAAGCAGAUCUUUAUUCAGAACUUCAAAAAUCCUCCUCUGUGCAAGAAUCAUCCUCCAGUGGCUGGAGCCAUAUACUGGUCCCGAUCCCUUUUCUAUCGGAUCAAGCACACUAUUAUUCGAUUUCAGGAAGCAGAGGAGUUGCUCGCUAGUGAACGCGGAAAGGAAGUAAAACAGAUAUAUCUUCAAGUGGCCAAGAAGAUGAAAGAGUACGAAGAUCAGAAGUAUAGUCAGUGGAGAGAUGGGACAGAACAGAUACUUCCACAACUGUUGAAAAAAACUCUGCUGAAUAAAAUUAACUCUGUAGCAGAUGAGGCUGUUGCCGUGGAGAAACCUGUCCAUUUCAGUGUGAAUUUUUCUCCCAGACUCCAUGAGAUUAUCAGUGAAACAAAGUACAUGGAACAAAUGGGGCUUCCAAUCCCAGAAAUGGCAAGAAAUGUUGCAUUGCAAGAAGACAAAUAUCUCAAGUACAUAGAUGGACUGAAAAACAUGCUGGAUCACUAUCACCGAUUAAUGGGAACAUUAGAUGAAGCAGAAACCAAGCUUCUUGAUGAUCAUAUUCAAGAGCUCUGGAGAGUAUUCAGAUCAGGACAUAGGAGACUCAACUGGAAUUCCUUGGGUAUUAGUGACUUCAUCAUCCGCUGUACACAAGCCAUUGGAAAGUUUGAAUCACUUAUCCAUCAGAUUCAUAAGAAUUCUGAAGAUAUAAAUAACAAACUUCUCCUAAUAGAAUCAACAAAUCUCUUCAAGGCUCCACCUUCAAAAAAUGGUGAUGAACUCCCUAAAGUGAAAGAAUUUUUUGAACAUAUUAAGUGUGAAAGAGUAAAAGAUGUGGAACACAUGGUCAGAAGAUAUGUUUCUAUUGGACCAUUGCUAACAAAAGUGGAAGGGUUGGUUGCCAAUACAAACAGUGGCAAAUCUCCCAAAUUAUUUUCGUAUUAUGCAUACUGGGAAAAUAGGAUUUAUCAGGUGUUGACACAGUUAAUUCUGAAGAAUUUGCAGUCUUUUAAUGCCUCCAUUGUUUCAAAUGUGCCACUGUUCCAAACAGAAACUAUUUUGUCUGCUCCUGAGAUAAUCUUGCAACCUAAUGCUGGUGAGAUUGAGAAAAUGACUGUACAGUGUAUUCGAGACUGCGUUGAAGUCACUAAGCAUUUUGUGCGAUGGAUGCACGGCACAUGUAUUGAAUGCCCUCCUCAGCGGAUUGAGGAGGAUGAAGUUAUCACCUUGAGUUUUUACAACGAUAUCUCCCAGAACCCUCUGAUAAUUGAGCAGGCUGUUCUCAUCACUCAGAAUGUCCACAAACUUCUGGCUUUUCUCAGUAAUUAUUUGAACAGAUGGAAGAGGUAUCGUCUGCUGUGGAAAUUAGACAAAGACAUAGUCAUGGAGAAGUUUGCUACCAAAAAACCUGCUUGUGUCAUCUUUGAUGAAAAGUUGCAAUUCUAUACAAAGAUAGCUCAAGAUGUGACUCAACAGCCCUUGAUUAAAGAUGAGCGGUUUAUCAGGCUUCAGCUGGGAUCUUUAGCCUCUACCUUGCAAGAAAGUGCUAGAGGCUGGGUGAUUUCGCUUGGAAAGUUGCUUAAUGAGUCUGCAAAAGAGGAACUUUUAAGUCUUCAGGAGGAGAUUGAGAGAUUAUCACUGGAUCUUAAGACACCACCUGAUUCCCUGGAAGAUCUCAAAUUUGUCCUUGGUACAAUUGCAGAGAUCAAAGACAUAACCUUCAAGGUCGAACUGAGAUAUCUGGACAUCCAGGAGAGAUACCGAACUCUUGCAAUGUACAAUAUUCCAGUACCUAAGGAAGAGCAAGAGAUGGCUAACAAGAUUAGGGAAAAGUGGGAGGCUCUUUUAGCUGAGGCAUCGGAUGUUGAUCACAGCCUUGGAAGCAUAAAAAAGACAUUUACAGAGAUUACACGGCAGCAAGUGGGGGACUACAGGAAAGAGAUAGCAGAUUUUUUCCAUAGAUUCACAACAGAGGGACCCGGUGCUGUUGGGGAAGAUCUUGAUAGAGGAUUGGAACUCAUGGACAUUUUUGAAAAAGAAUUGGAAGAUCUGGAAGAAAGUCAUCAGGAACUGGGCAAUGCUGAGAAACUUUUUGACUUGCCAAUCACAUUAUACCCUGAGUUAAUUAAAGCACAAAAUGAUAUGAGAGGCCUAAAGCAGAUCUAUGAAAUUUAUAAAUUACAAAGAGUAACUAAAGAGGAAUGGUCUCAGACACUCUGGAUAAACCUAAAUGUUCAGGUUCUUCAGGAAGGAAUUGAAGGAUUUCUUAAAGCCCUUCGAAAGCUGCCCAAACAAGUUCGCAGCAUGCCAGUGGCCUUUCACUUGGAAGCAAAAAUGAAGGCAUUUCGAGACUCCAUUCCUUUGUUGCUUGAUUUAAAAAAUGAAGCUUUAAGAGACAGACAUUGGCAAGAGCUUAUGGAGAGAACAGGAACAAGUUUUGAAAUGACAACAGAAACAUUCACUUUGGAGAAUAUGUUUGCUAUGGAGCUUCACAGACAUUCAGAUGUUAUCAGCGAAAUAGUUGGAACUGCUGUUAAGGAGCUUAGCAUUGAGAAGGGUGUGAAGGAAAUAGUAGAUACAUGGGAACAUAUGAAAUUCACUGUACAAAAAUACUUCAAAGGCACUCAGGAACGAGGCUUUAUUCUGGGAUCUGUGGAUGAAAUUAUACAGAUUCUUGAUGACAACACUGUCAAUCUUCAGAGCAUUUCAGGCAGCCGAUUUGUGGGCCCUUUCCUGUCAACUGUUCAUCACUGGGAAAAAACUCUCUCAUUGAUUGGUGAAGUAAUUGAGAUCUGGAUGGUGGUUCAGAGAAAAUGGAUGUAUCUGGAGAGCAUCUUUAUUGGUGGGGAUAUAAGAUCACAACUUCCAGAUGAAGCAAAAAAAUUUGAUAGCAUAGACGCGAUGUUUAAAAAGAUAAUGGAUGAAACUGUAAAAGAACCAAUAAUAAAAAAAUGCUGUGAAGCCCCAAAUCGACUGUCAGACCUCCAUCAUAUAAAUGAUGGACUAGAAAAAUGUCAGAAAAGCUUGAAUGAUUAUUUGGAUUCAAAGCGAAAUGCAUUCCCAAGAUUUUUCUUUAUAUCUGAUGAGGAAUUGCUUAGUAUCCUUGGCAGCAGUGACCCACUGUGUGUCCAGGAACACAUGAUAAAGAUGUAUGAUAACAUAGCUUCCCUGAGGUUUCGGGAUGGUGAUAGCGGUGAGAAGAUUGCAACAGCCAUGAUUUCAGCCGAGGGAGAGGUGAUGGAGUUCCGCAAGGCUGUAGCUGCAGAAGGCAGAGUGGAGAACUGGAUGACAGCAGUGCUAGCAGAAAUGAGACGAACUAAUAGGCUUCUUACUAAAGAAGCCAUUUUUCGAUACUGUGAAGACAGAAGCAGGGUUGAAUGGAUGUUACUCUACCAAGGCAUGAUGGUGCUGGCUGCUAACCAGGUGUGGUGGACCUGGGAGGUAGAAGAUGUGUUUCGGAAAGUGAAAAAGGGAGAAAAACAGGCAAUGAAAGUUUAUGCUAAAAAAAUGCAUCAGCAAAUUGAUGACCUGGUUACCUGCAUUACAAAGCCCCUGAGUAAAAAUGACAGGAAAAAAUACAACACUGUUCUUAUUAUUGACGUUCAUGCCAGAGAUAUUGUUGAUACAUUUGUAAGAGACAGCAUUCUGCAGGCUCAGGAGUUUGAAUGGGAAAGUCAGCUACGCUUUUACUGGGAUCGAGAGCCGGAUGAACUGAAUGUGCGGCAGUGCACGGGCACGUUUUCCUAUGGUUAUGAGUAUAUGGGUUUGAAUGGACGACUUGUCAUCACGCCACUUACAGAUCGCAUUUAUCUUACACUCACACAGGCUUUAUCCAUGUUUUUGGGAGGAGCACCAGCAGGGCCAGCAGGUACAGGGAAAACAGAAACAACCAAAGACCUGGCCAAAGCCCUGGGCUUGCUGUGUGUAGUGACUAACUGUGGCGAAGGCAUGGAUUUCAAAGCUGUAGGUAAAAUUUUCUCUGGUCUUGCCCAGUGUGGAGCAUGGGGAUGUUUUGAUGAAUUCAAUCGUAUUGAUGCUUCUGUACUUUCAGUCAUUUCUUCUCAGAUUCAAACUAUUCGAAAUGCAUUAAUGAAUCAUCUGAAAACAUUUCAGUUUGAAGGACAGGAAAUUACUCUUGAUAACCGAAUGGGCAUCUUUAUUACUAUGAAUCCUGGCUAUGCUGGUCGGACUGAGCUCCCCGAGUCUGUAAAAGCUUUGUUCAGGCCUGUGGUUGUUAUUGUACCAGAUCUCCAGCAAAUCUGCGAAAUCAUGCUGUUUUCUGAAGGGUUCCUUAUGGCAAAGACCCUUGCCAAAAAGAUGACAGUACUAUACAAGUUGGCUAAAGAACAACUUUCUAAACAACAUCAUUAUGACUUUGGUCUGCGGGCCCUCAAGUCAGUGUUGGUGAUGGCUGGAGAGCUGAAGAGAGGAUCAGCUGAGCUCAAUGAGGAUGUCGUACUGAUGAGAGCUCUACGAGAUAUGAAUCUUCCUAAAUUUGUGUUUGAAGAUGUACCUCUCUUUCUUGGCCUGAUCUCUGACUUAUUUCCUGGCCUGGAUUGUCCUCGAGUCCGUUAUCCUAACUUUAAUGAUGCUGUAGAACAAGUGCUGGAAGAAGAGGGUUAUGUUGUUCUACCAGUCCAGGUGGAUAAAGUAGUUCAGAUGUAUGAGACAAUGUUAACUCGUCACACUACAAUGGUGGUUGGACCUACAGGAGGUGGCAAGUCUGUUGUCAUUAAUGCUUUGUGCCACGCCCAAACCAAGCUGGGAUUAUUGACAAAGCUUUACACACUGAAUCCUAAAGCUAUGAGUGUGAUUGAGCUAUAUGGGAUCCUUGACCCUACCACACGAGACUGGACAGAUGGAGUCCUGUCAAACAUCUUCCGGGAUAUCAACAAGCCUACUGACAAGAAAGAGCGAAGGUACAUUCUGUUUGAUGGAGACGUGGAUGCUCUCUGGGUGGAAAAUAUGAAUUCUGUGAUGGAUGACAACAAACUAUUGACCUUAGCAAAUGGGGAGCGAAUUAGGCUCCAGGCACAUUGUGCUCUGUUGUUUGAGGUUGGAGAUUUACAGUAUGCAUCUCCUGCCACAGUAUCCCGCUGUGGAAUGGUCUUUGUAGAUCCUAAAAAUCUGAAAUAUAAACCUUACUGGCAAAAAUGGACCCAAGAAAGAGGAAAUGAGCAAGAGAGAAAUGAAUUGAAUCAUCUUUUUGAAAAAUAUGUGCCUUACCUUAUUGAUAUGAUCACAGAGGGAAUUGUGGAUGGCAGACAAGGAGAAAGGCUGAAGACCAUUGUUCCUCAAACAGAUUUAAAUAUGGUAGUGCAGUUAACUAUGAUGUUGGAAGCUCUAAUCGUGACACAAUAUGAUGAGCCUGAUGUUCUGGAGUGUUUUUUCUUGGAAGCUUUAUAUUGCUCCCUAGGUGCUGCUCUUCUUGAUACUGGAAGAAUUAAGUUUGAUGAAACAGUUAAACGUCUUUCCUCUAUGUCUACUGUUCAUGAUGAUAACGUCCUAGCUAAGCCUGGGGAGUUACCAGGUCAACUACCAACUUUGUAUGACUUCCAUUUUGAUGUCUUAAAAAAAAGGUGGAUACCUUGGAUGAAACUUGUUCCUGAAUAUAUUCAUAUACCUCAAAAGAAAUUUCUUGACAUUCUAGUGCCUACGGUGGAUACCACACGCACUACUUGGUUGCUAGAACAGAUGGUAAAAAUAAAACGCCCAGUUGUUCUUGUAGGUGAAUCAGGUACUUCAAAAACUGCAACUACACAAAACUUCCUAAACCAACUGAACAAAGACUUUAAUCUGCUGCUAAUAAUUAACUUUUCUUCUCGCACAACAUCAAUGGACAUUCAGAGAAACCUAGAGGCAAACGUAGAGAAACGAGCUAAAGACACUUAUGGUCCCCCUAUGGGAAAACGUCUCCUCGUUUUCAUGGAUGAUAUGAAUAUGCCAAGGGUUGAUGAGUAUGGCACACAGCAACCCAUUGCCUUGUUGAAGCUGCUGCUAGAAAGAGGUUUCUUGUAUGACCGCGGGAAGGAGAUGACCUGUAAAAUUCUUCGAGACCUGGGUUUUAUUGCUGCCAUGGGGAAGGCUGGAGGAGGUCGGAAUGAGAUUGACCCUCGAUUCAUCUCACUCUUCAGUGUAUUUAAUGUACCUUUUCCUUCUGAGCAAUCACUGAAUUUGAUCUAUGCCUCCAUCCUGAAAGGCCACACCGAGAUGUUUAAUGAGUCUAUAGCAACCAUCGCUGACAAGAUGACAGCGUGUACUUUGGAGCUUUAUAAAAUGAUUGUCCAUGACCUACCCCCUACUCCUUCCAAGUUCCAUUACAUUUUCAAUCUGCGGGAUCUUUCGAGGGUGUAUAACGGGCUUGUUCUUACAACUCCGGGGAGGUUCCAAACAGUUGCCCAGAUGGUGAGAGUCUGGAGAAAUGAGUGUCUGAGGGUUUUCCAUGACAGGCUGAUUAAUGAAGCAGACAAGGCAUUGGUACAAGGCCAUAUAAAGCACCUGAUUGAAGAGAAUUUCCCGGAUGACUUGGAGCAGGCCAUGAGGGAUCCUAUUCUUUUUGGAGAUUUCAGAAUGGCACUGAGUGAAGGAGAGCCUCGUAUUUAUGAAGAUAUUCAAGACUAUGAUGCAGCAAAAGCUCUCUUUCAGGAGAUUUUGGAAGAAUACAAUGAAGUUAAUAUUAAAAUGAAUCUGGUUCUUUUUGAUGAUGCUCUGGAACACCUAAUCCGUGUACAUCGCAUCGUACGGAUGGACCAUGGCCAUGCCCUGCUCAUAGGAGUAGGAGGCUCAGGCAAGCAGUCCCUUACAAGACUGGCUGCUUAUACAGCUGGAUGUGAGGUGUUUGAGAUCAUCUUGAGUCGAGGAUAUGGGGAAAAUAACUUCCGAGAAGAUCUGAAAAAAUUGUAUCUAAAGCUGGGUAUUGAGAACAAGUCAAUGAUCUUCUUGUUUACGGAUUCCCAUGUAGCAGAAGAGAGUUUCCUGGAACUCAUCAACAACAUGUUAACUUCAGGAAUGGUGCCAGCCCUUUUUCCAGAUGAUGAAAAAGACACCAUAUUAAGUCAAAUUGGAGAUGAAGCUACUAAAGCUGGAAUGAGCCCAGCUAAAGAGAGUGUCUGGCAAUAUUUUGUAAAUAAAUGUGCAUCCAACCUCCAUAUUGUCCUAGGAAUGUCCCCAGUUGGGGACACUCUGAGAAUGUGGUGCAGGAAUUUUCCAGGUCUUGUCAACAACACUGGUAUUGACUGGUUCUUGCCCUGGCCUCCCCAAGCCUUGUAUGCAGUUGCAAAAUCCUUUGUUGGAGCUAGUCCACGUGUCCCAUCAGAGAGCUCGGAGCUGGUGAUUCAGCACAUCGUCAUGGUACAUGAAUCCGUAGGGGAUUUCAGCAAGAAGUUUCUGCAGAAACUGAGACGUAGCAACUAUGUCACACCAAAGAAUUACCUUGAUUUUAUCCAUACGUAUUCAAAAUUGCUGGAGGAGAAAAAUGAGUUCAUUUUAGCACAAUGUAAACGGCUGGAUGGGGGCUUAGAUAAACUGAAAGAAGCCAGCAUACAGCUGGUUGAGCUGAACAAGAAACUGGCAGAGCAAAAGAUUGUACUAGCAGAAAAAUCAGCUGCCUGUGAGGCUUUGUUACAAGAGAUUUCAACAAACACAGCAGUAGCUGAGGAGAAGAAAAAAAUGGCCGAAGAAAAAGCUGUGGAAAUUGAGGAGCAGAAUAAGAUUAUUGGUGUGGAGAAGAAGGAGGCUGAGACAGCCUUGGCUGAGGCCCUGCCUAUUUUAGAAGCUGCCAAACUGGAGCUGCAGAAGCUUGACAAAUCUGAUGUUACUGAGAUCAGAUCAUUUGCGAAACCCCCUAAGCAGGUGCAGACUGUCUGUGAGUGUAUUCUCAUAAUGAGAGGGUACAAAGAAUUAAACUGGAAGACAGCCAAAGGAAUGAUGUCUGAGGCUAAUUUCCUGCGAUCCCUAAUGGAGAUAGAUUUUGAUGGAAUUACUCAGGGCCAAGUGAAAUCUGUACGAGCUCUAUUAAAGAAUCUCAAUACUACCUUUGAGGAAAUGGAAGUUGUGAGCAGAGCAGGACUGGGAAUGUUAAAGUUUGUGGAAGCAGUGAUGAGUUACUGUGAUGUGGCUAAAGAAGUCAGGCCUAAGAGAGAGAAGGUGGCUAGACUAGAACGGAAUUAUUUCCUAAGUAAACGAGAACUGGAAAAGAUACAGGCAGAACUGGCUAAAAUUCAGGCUGAGCUAAAAGCUUUGGGGAAGAAAUAUGAAGAAGCAAUAGCAGAAAAGCAACAGUUACAAGAAGAAGCAGAGAUUAUGCAGAGGAGAUUAUAUGCUGCUGAUAAACUCAUCUCUGGCUUGGGAUCUGAAAACGAGAGGUGGACAAAAGAUUUAGAGGAAUUCAAAAUACGAAAAGUGAAGUUGCUUGGAGACUGUCUGCUCUGUGCUGCCUUUCUGAGCUAUGAAGGAGCAUUCAACUGGGAAUUCCGUAAUGAAAUGGUCUAUCAAGUGUGGCAAGAAGAUAUCCUCUCACGAGAGAUUCCGCUCAGUCAACCUUUUAGAUUAGAAAGCCUCCUGACUAACGAGGUUGAAGUUAGCAGGUGGGUUUCCCAAGGAUUGCCUCCAGAUGAGCUCUCCGUCCAAAAUGGCAUUUUGACAACAUAUGCAAGUCGCUUCCCACUUUGUAUUGACCCACAGCAGCAGGCGUUAAACUGGAUUAAGAAGAAAGAAGAAAAAAAUAACCUGAGGAUGGCUUCCUUUAACGACCCAGAUUUCCUUAAACAAUUAGAACUGUCUAUAAAGUACGGGAGCCCUUUCUUGUUCCAUGAUGUCGAUGAAUACAUAGAUCCAGUGAUAGACAAUGUCUUAGAGAAGAAUAUCAAAGUUGCACAGGGGCGAACAUUCAUUGUCCUGGGUGAUAAAGAAGUUGACUAUGACAGUAAUUUUAGAUUGUACUUGAACACCAAAUUAGCAAACCCGAAGUAUUCUCCCUCUGUGUUUGGCAAAGCUAUGGUUAUCAAUUACACAGUUACACUGAAAGGCCUAGAGGAUCAGUUGCUCAGCGUCAUCAUGGGUUAUGAGAGGAGAGAACUGGAAGAACAGAGGGAGUCUCUCAUCCAGGAGACAAGUGAGAACAAAAACUUGCUGAAAGACCUUGAAGACUCUCUCCUGAGGGAACUGGCGACUUCCACAGGAAACAUGUUGGACAACAUGGACUUGGUGCAGACCCUGGAAGAGACAAAAUCCAAAGCUACGGAGGUGACUGAAAAGCUCAAUCUGGCCGAGAAGACAGCGGUGGAUAUCGAUCAGCUUCGAGAUGGCUACAGACCAGCUGCCAAGAGGGGAGCCAUUUUAUUCUUCGUUUUGUCUGAAAUGGCACUUGUGAACAUCAUGUAUCAGUACUCAUUAGUCUCCUUCUUGGAGGUUUUUGGACUCUCUCUUCGGAAAUCCAUGCCUAGUUCCAUUCUUCAGAAGAGGUUAAAGAACAUCAUGGAUACGUUAACUUUCAACAUCUAUAACUAUGGCUGUACAGGCUUGUUUGAGAAGCACAAGUUACUCUUCUCCUUCAAUAUGACUGUCAAGAUAGAACAGGCUGAUGGCAGAGUUCCACAAGAAGAACUUGACUUCUUUCUAAAAGGCAAUAUUUCCCUGGAGAAGAGUGCACGAAAGAAACCCUGUGCUUGGCUUCCAGAUCAAGGCUGGGAAGACCUAAUUCACCUGUCUGAACUAUUUCCUGAGAAGUUUGAAUCUCUUGCAGAUGAUGUGGAAAAAAAUCCAGAUGUGUGGAAAAAUUGGUAUGAUAUAGAUGCUCUGGAGCAGACGCCAUUCCCCAUGCACUACCAGAACAGCCUCACAAACUUCCAGAAGCUCCUACUUCUGCGCUGCUUCCGAGUGGACCGGGUGUAUCGGGCAGUAACGGACUAUGUCACUCUGACAAUGAGUGAGAAGUACGUGCAGCCCCCCGUGAUCAGCUUUGAGGCCAUCUUCGAGCAGAGCAGUCCUUACUCGCCCAUCGUUUUUAUCUUGAGUCCUGGCUCGGAUCCUGCCAGUGACCUCAUGAAGCUGGCUGAGCGGAGCGGCUUUGGCGGAAACAGGCUCAAGUUCCUCGCCAUGGGGCAAGGCCAAGAGAAGGUUGCUCUGCAGAUGCUGGAGAAUGUGGUGGCUCGUGGGCUGUGGUUAAUGUUGCAGAACUGUCACCUCCUGGUGCGGUGGCUCAUUGACCUGGAGAAGGCCCUGGAGAAAAUCACGAAGCCUCAUCCAGACUUCCGCCUCUGGCUGACGACAGAUCCCACCAAGGGCUUCCCCAUCGGAAUACUGCAGAAGUCCCUAAAGGUUGUAACAGAACCACCUAAUGGUCUGAAACUGAAUAUGAGAGCCACCUACUUCAAAAUCCCUCCUGAAGCCAUAGAGCAGUGCCCACAUCCUGCCUUUAAAUCAUUAGUCUAUGUCUUGGCGUUUUUCCAUGCUGUCGUUCAGGAGAGAAGGAAGUUUGGGAAGAUUGGCUGGAAUGUGCCAUAUGACUUCAAUGAAUCUGAUUUCCAGGUCUGCAUGGAAAUUCUCAACACGUACUUGACAAAAGCUUUCCAGCAAAAUGAUGAGAAAAUCCCCUGGAGUAGUCUCAAGUAUCUUAUUGGGGAGGUCAUGUAUGGUGGGCGUGCAAUCGACAGCUUUGAUCGCCGCAUCCUGACUGUCUACAUGGAUGAGUACCUGGGCGAUUUCAUAUUUGACACAUUCCAGACAUUUCAUUUUUAUAAAAACGAUGAGGUUGAUUAUAAAAUUCCAGAAGGGACUGUAAAGGAUGACUUUGUUGAGGAGAUAGAGUCUCUGCCCCUCGCUAACACCCCGGAGGUCUUUGGACUUCAUUCCAACGCUGAGAUUGGGUAUUACACGCAGGCAGCUCGUGACAUGUGGGCUCAUCUCCUGGAGCUGCAGCCGCAGACAGGUGAAUCUGGGACUGGAAUCAGUAGAGACGAAUAUAUUGGGAAUGUUGCUAAGGACAUACAAAACAAGAUACCGCAAGUGUUUGAUCUUGACCAGAUCCGAAAGGUUUUUGGAAUAGACAUAUCCCCUACUACAGUGGUGCUGCUGCAGGAACUGGAACGUUUUAAUAAACUGAUAAUUCGGAUGGCAAAGUCUUUGGCCGAGCUGCAGCGGGCCUUGGCGGGGGAAGUUGGGAUGAGCAGCGAACUGGAUGACGUGGCUCGGGCUCUCUUUAAUGGACAGAUUCCCGGCAUCUGGCGGCGCCUGGCCCCCGACACGCUGAAAACGCUUGGGAACUGGAUGAUUUUCUUUAGAAAUAGGUAUCAGCAGUACAGCACCUGGGUGAACGAGAGCGAGCCCAAGGUCAUGUGGCUCUCGGGGCUGCACAUCCCCGAGUCCUACCUGACGGCGCUGGUGCAGGCCACCUGCAGGAGGAACGGCUGGCCCCUCGAUCGCUCCACCCUCUACACCGAGGUGACAACGUACAUGACGGCAGAAGACGUCACCGAAGGGUCUGGACAAGGAUGUUUUGUUUCUGGCCUCUACCUGGAAGGAGCAGACUGGGACAUGGAGAACAGCUGCCUUAUGAAGAGCAAGCCCAAAGUCCUUGUGGUGGAGUUGCCUAUUCUGAAGAUAAUUCCCAUUGAAGCACAUCGGCUCAAGCUCCAGAACACGUUCCGCACGCCCGUGUACACGACGUCCCUGCGCAGGAACGCCAUGGGCGUGGGCCUGGUGUUCGAGGCCGAUCUCUACACCACGAAGCACCUUUCCCACUGGGUGCUUCAGGGCGUCUGCCUCACGCUCAACGCAGACUGACAGGGCCGUGGCAGGUACGAGGGUGGAGUUCCCACACGGAAGCUGCUGCUGGGAAAAGGAGGCCUGAGGGCAGGAGCGAG